GAGGAGGAGGAGGAGGAAGAAGAAGAGGCGGCGGCGGCAGGGGGGGGGUCCCGGGCCCCGGUAUGGUGCAGCGCGGUACGCGGGGCCGGGGCGCAGAGGCUCGGCGGGAGCCCUGCGCCCCGUUGCCCACCCGCGACGCCGAACCCGCCUGGUGCAAGACGCCGAGCGGGCACAUCAAGCGGCCGAUGAACGCCUUCAUGGUGUGGUCGCAGCACGAGCGUCGCAAGAUCAUGGACCAGUGGCCCGACAUGCACAACGCCGAGAUCUCCAAGCGCCUGGGCCGGCGCUGGCAGCUCCUCCACGACUCCGAGAAGAUCCCCUUUGUCAAGGAGGCUGAGCGCCUGCGCCUCAAGCACAUGGCCGACUACCCCGACUACAAGUACCGGCCACGGAAAAAGGGCAAGGUGGGCACCGGCGCGUCCCGCCCGCGGCUCCCGGUGAAGAUCAAACCCUCCGUGCUAGGUCGCGUCUCCGCCGGCCGCAGGCAGCCCGCCAAACCGCCCGCUGACCCCGACGCCCCGCAGGAACCCGCGCCGGAGGUGCCCGUCAAGGACUGCCCCGCGGUGCCCGGCACGGCCGCCCGGCACGCGGCACCCGCCGGGGAACACAGCCCCCAGGAGCCCCCCGCACCCCCCAGCCCUGCUGCCGCCUGCCCCGAUGCGGGGAGGUCUCCGGAGAGCGGGUCCCCCUCUCCCAUGUCGGCUGGGUCCCCUCCCUCCUCCUUCAGCUCCUCCGAUGAGGAGCUGGAGGAAGAGCUACUGGGGGUCCUGCCCGGGCGGGCCCCCGCCGGUGCCGCCUGCGGCACCCUGGACUGGUCCGUCUUUGACAAGGACCACGACCUCUUCCCGCGGGGAGGCUCCUCGCACUUCGAGUUCCCGGACUAUUGCACGCCCGAGGUGACGGAGAUGAUAGCGGGGGACUGGCUCAUGUCCAGCAUCUCGGACUUGGUCUUUACCUACUGAGUCCCGCACUCUGCAGGUAAUGCUCUUUUUUUUUUUUUUUUUUUCUCCCCCCCCCCAAUCAGGUCGUAUCAAAAAAAACCCCACAAAAAAAACCCCCAACAAACCCCAGGAAAAAAAAAACCAUAAAAAGAACCGAAACCAGCUGUUUACAUGCAGGAAUCAGGUAUUUUGCCUUGAAGGCGCUGGAAGGCAGAGCUCCCUGCUCUCCCCACCCCCCCCCCCGGCACACACCCACUCCUCAUCCGUCCGUCU